CCAUCAACACAUGGAUGGUUACAUGUCACACGUUUGGUUUCUAUUUAUUUUAUUUAGUCGUUUGUCUGGAUGUAGUUUCAGUAACAGCAGCAAACUCGCACCCCAUUAGGAAGCUGCAGUGUUGAUCAUGUCUCCGUGGUUGGAGUGUUGCAGACGGAGUCUCCAGGGCAGGCUGUUUGUGAGAGGGUCCGUGUGUGAUGCGGCUGUCAGGACCAGGGGGCUGCAGCCCCGCACACUCACCUCCACCAGCAGAUGCUGCUCCACGGUGCAGCCAGGUGUCAGGGUCAGGUUUGCUCCCAGCCCGACAGGCUUCUUGCAUCUGGGAGGUCUCAGAACCGCUCUCUACAAUUAUAUCUUUGCAAAGAAGUACGGAGGAGUUUUUGUCCUGCGGCUAGAAGACACUGAUCAGAGCAGACUGGUACCAGGAGCGGCAGAGUCUAUAGAGGACAUGCUGGAGUGGGCUGGUAUACCGCCAGACGAGAGCCCUCGUCGAGGGGGGCCGCUGGGUCCAUACCUGCAGUCUCAGAGGUUACACCUCUACAGUCAGACGGCCAAGCAGCUUGUGGAGAGCGGUCAUGCCUACUACUGUUUCUGUAGCCCUCAGAGGCUGGGGCUACUCAAAAAAGAGGCCUUAAGAGCUGGACAGACUCCAAGGUAUGACAACAGGUGUCGCCACCUGCGAGCAGACCAGGUCCAGGAGAAGCUGGCUCAGGGAACGUCACAUGUGAUCAGGUUUUGUUUGGAAGAAGGUGUUGAGCCUUUUCAGGAUAUGAUCUUUGGAUGGAAUCGUCAUGAGGUGGCUCAGGUUGAGGGCGACCCUGUUGUGAUGAAAGCAGAUGGUUUUCCCACCUACCACCUUGCAAACAUAGUAGAUGAUCAUUACAUGAAGAUCAGCCAUGUACUCCGGGGAUCUGAGUGGCUCAUCUCCACCUCCAAACAUAUCCUCAUGUACCGUGCCCUUGGAUGGCAGCCGCCCACCUUUGGACAUCUGCCCCUGCUGAUGAACAAAGAUGGCAGUAAGUUGUCCAAAAGACAGGGAGACAUAUUCAUUCAAAGCUUCCAGAGAGACGGGGCCCUACCAGAGGCUCUGUUGGACAUCACAACCAACUGUGGAUCUGGAUUCAACACCAGCCGGAUGGGACGGAGGAUAGAUGAGCUGAUUUCUGAGUUUAAUCCUUCAAAAAUCACAACUCACUCUGCUUUGUUGGACUUGGAAAGACUACCAGAGUUCAACCGAAUCCACCUGCUGCAACACAUUGAAGAUGAGCAAGUUUGUCAUUUGCUAACAAAAGAUUUGCAGGAACAAAUCCUGCAGACCUACUCAGCAGAGAUCCAGGACAAAGAAGUGCUACAUGAGGACUAUAUCAAGCGGGUUCUGCAUCUCCGCAAGGGUCACAUAUCAUCCUUGAAGGAGCUUGUGAACCCUACGUAUGCUUACCUGUGGGUGCGUCCUUCUUUCUCCAGCCAGCAGGUGGCAGCAGUCACUGCAGAGAGCCAUCUCAUUGCCUCAUUAGUGCUGAAGUUAAUAGAAGAGCGAGGUGAGGAGCUGACGAUGGACCAGCUCAGUAAAGACCUGAAGAGUCUGGCUAAGCAGCCGAAAGCCACCAAGUACCGAGAAGUGAUGAAGCUGUUGCGUCUGGCCCUGAGUGGUCUGCAGCAGGGGCCCAGUGUUGCUGAAAUGAUGGUGUCUCUGGGUCCUGCAGAGAUCCAACAUCGCUUCCAGAAGCUUCUGCAGCUUUCACACUCUGGCUAAAGACCGUCAUCCGAUCUCCUUGUAUUCACUUUACUAACUGACUGGAGCCAGAAGACAAUGUCAGUUGUUGGACUUGACCUGUAUCUUGAGAAAUACAAGCAAUCGCUCUGUCAAGCCUACAAGUACGACUUCUACAAUGAACUGAAAUGUUUAAAAAUAUCAAAAUUGUUGAAUAUUUUAUAAAAAAAAUGGUUGAACUCAUUUUAUGUUCCAUGUUUUGUUUUUGUUCAGCAGUGUUAAACUUUACAGGUCUUUACAGGUUUACCCCAGAUGCAGAAGGAUGGGAAGUACCUUGGUCUUUUUAUGCAAAUUAUGGGUUUUACUGAAGAAAAUCAGAUUUAAUGAACUCCAGUCUAUGGUACAGUCAUAAAAAAAACGCUUGCAGUUCAUGUGUUAAAAGACCAUGAAAAAAGAGGGCCACACAAUAUCUAUAUGAAAUAUAACUUGGUAUUCUGAGAAACGAAAUUUUUUUUUUUUUGUUAUUUUAGGUCCUGUCACAUGUACCACAUAGUGUAUAACUGAUUUAAGCAGGUGGCUUGAGUGGAUGUGUUUGUGUCCAGGAGCCAAAAAAAACACUUCAGGAAGUCAUCACAUUGUAGUAAACAACUUAAAUGUCUAAAUCUGUUUUGUUGCAAGAGAUGAAGACUUUUGACAUGGAAUUAGCAUU